AUGACUUACGCGGAUGGCGUCGAAAGUGAGCUCGAGGUUGUGUUUUCACCAUAUUCCAACUGUGCACAAACCCGGGACAGUGCAUCAAUUGUCAAUACAAAUUGGGUGCUCAGCUGGCACUGCCAAUCUCUGAAGAGCCAAGCUACCUACUACCGAGUCUCAAAGGUUUCGGAUAACGAGAAAAGAUCAGGAAGUCUUGUUCCAAGGAGAGUGCCAUUGACGCCAACAAACGCCUUGGGUACAGUACCUUUAACGAUUGAUGCUAUGACUAGGGUUGCAUUAACUACCCUGACAUCAUAUUUACCUGCUGUUAUGUUUGGUACGAUAUUCAGCGAUCUCAAUUUACCAUCGGAGACGGAAAUCAUGUGGGAAUCAAGCGACCUUAGCUUUGAUGGCAUUAUGCUAGCAGGAAUACUUAUGGAUGUUGCAGCAGGAUUAGCAGGUAUUCCACCUGAGAUCGCGCUGAGGGAAAUCCAAGUCUGUAUUCUGAAUACAGCCGCGCAAUCGAUUGACGCUUCAAGAAUAUUUUUCUGGCUCUCAUCUACUCAGGCCUAG